GCUGCAGGUAAAUCUACGUCCAAUGUGACGGUAGGAGUGUUAUGGGCCAGUUUCUAAGCUCUCACGGUAAAAAGGAAAGCAAAGGAACCGGAUCUCCCAGUACGGUACAGGGUAAACAGGGACCACUUGCUCGUCCUCAUUAUGAUCUUAUUUCCAAAUAUGCUGAAUUAUUAAGCAGAAGAGGCUACUUACCAGAGAUCUUUCUUGUACAUGAAACUUUGAGUUCCCAAUUUAUUGAUGAAGAUGGUGAUGUAGCUCAUGAAUUUUAUGCUGAAGAAAAAUCAGCAAAUGGCGAAUUGCGACGACUGCAAAGAGUGCUGAACAAUCUGCGUCCAAAGGGCAAAGAACAGUACGAAAUCCCACGACUUAGUCCAGAUGUGCCCGUUGUGAUGUGGGAAGUGGAGCAACAGUGCUAACACCAAUAAUGAUGCGGGUUCAGUGUACAGUCGAUCUCUCCGUCAAAGGUCAUUCAGCUGAUUUACAUUUGUUCAUUGCAGUCCUAGGUGUGAUAUAUGUGAGAUGAUUUAUUCAGACCAUUAUAACAUGACAUAAAUGUUCUUUUAUCUCG